AUGGAUUUGGAGGUGUUUCGCCUGGCGGCAGAUUCAUAUCACCAUUUGCUCAACGCGGAGUUGCAUAUUAACGAAUGGGUGCAGGAACACUUAAGCUUGGCAGAGCCGCUUUUCCGGUUCAUCAGUGUUUAUCUGGAGCCUGGAACGCUGUUCAAUGUGCUGAUUCCUUUGAUGGGAAUCCUCAGUCAAGGUUUGCUCACGCAGUUGCUCUACAUGAUUACCGUGGUCAGCACUGUGAGUUCUCUAGAGAAAUGGAUAUAUCCGGAAUUGCGCCCGCUUUGGUGGCUACGCGAACUCUACGCAAAUGGGAAUAGAAAUGCCAUCAGAUCAGGCAUCGCUCUUCAAAGUCACGAUCUGAGCUGCGAGACAAGUGGGGGUCUGCCGUGUGCUCACUCCAUGUCCUUAAUGGCAUUCCUCGUCAUACUCAGCUCACACCUGUCGCUCUCGAGCGGCUGUCGAAAUCGCAAAGUCCUUCUGUAUAGCAUCGUUGGCUGCUGCAUGAUAAGCGUGUGGCUGAGUCGCCUUUAUUUGGCCACCGAGUUCCUGCAUCAGUGUUUGCUGGGCAGUUACAUUGCCAUCAGCACCUUGAGCAACAUCGAUAGGCAUUCGGAUUACUUGAGAAGCCGUCGACGAAUCCAUCUUGUUGCCAUAGUUCUUCUACUUGGCAGCCUAGCAACGGCGGUGUAUUUUAUAAAGCUGCGUCUCGGCUUCGAUCCUCAUUGGUCUGUGCGGCAGGCUUUCAAGUGGUGUCCAGAACCCACUUAUAUGCGGCAUGAAGGAAGUCCCAUUUUUCUGCUGACACGAGAUCUGGGCAAUUUGAUGGGCGUGGCUUUAUCAGUGCCUCUGGAAUUAAAACCAAGAAAAUCAUCUUUAUCUCGACGCUUUGGGGGCAUUCUCAUUGUGGAGAUUUUCAACCAUAUUCUCCGUCUUUAUACUCCCAAACAACAUGGACGCUUUGCCUUUUUGGCAUUUGAAUUUAGUCGUAAUGCACUUCACUCCCUGACAUUAAUCAAAAUCUUGCCAAAGUUGAUUAAGGAAAAAGUUGCGUAGGUCUAUAGGCAAUAGCUCAAUUUUCCAUUUAUAUAAGGUCUAAUCUAAGUUGUAAGAUAGUAUAAGUUUUGAAAAAUAAAGUCAUUAAAUCUAAGCAAUUAAUUCCUUAUUGAAGUAAAUUGACAACAUAAGAAUUUACGACACAGUUAUGGAUACAGUCAACCACACUAGACUGUAGCUUUCCAAAAGAAUAAACAUUUUUAUUCUUUCAUUAAAACCCAAACACUUCUUAAUUGAAUCAAUAUCUUACUAAAUUAAUUUAUUUCAAACUCAAAAUUUAUUUAGAAAUUAUAUUUUAUUUUAGCAUUUUGUUAUUUCUCUUUUCAAUAAUUUAUGACACUACUUAGAGGCGAGGAAACAUUACAUAAAACAAAACUAAGCUAGAGUGCACGUAUAAUUAAAUGUUUAAUUAACUAAUUAAUGUGUGGAUAACGCAAUUAUUGGCUAGCUACUUAUGUGAAUUAGAGUAUCCAUGGUUCGAGUGCGAAUGCGAGUGUGAUUGCGAGUGCUUAAGUACAUUCACUUUAGCUUUAACUAAAUAAGCUAAUGGCAA